CGGUUGAAAAAAUGAUCUGCAUACUUAUUUUCUUCUGUUUAUGGCAUCUGAUUGGUGAGUUAAACAUGUUUUUAUCUCAUCAGGUUACAUAAAGUCAGAUUAACAAAAAUUUUGUCAACUUUAAAUUGCUCCAAACCUGUUUGUCUUUCUUCUGUGGAAACUCAAAAGACAUUUUUGUGUGAAUGCAGUGCACUGGAUCUUUUGGGUUCCACAUAUUGAAUAAAGUCGAACAGGUCUGGAUCAACAGGGUGAGCAAAUAGUGACAAAACAUUCAUUUGUGCGUGAACCGUUUUUUAAAUCUGGGUAUUUUGGUUUGCUUGGUUCAGUAACAGACAGAAUGAAGAUGUCCGUGAUGGAGGGAGAUGCUGUUACUCUUCACACUGAUGUUACUGAUAUACCCAGACAAACUUUAAAUUACAUACAGUGGAGGUUUGGACCUGAAAAAAACAAACAAACAUUUAUAGUCAUUCAGUUUAAUAAGGGGGCACCUGUUAUUAAUUAUUUUAAUGCAGAGAUAUUCAGAAACAGAUUACAGAUCGACAAUCAAACUGGAUCUCUGACCAUCAGGAACAUCAGAACAACAGACUCUGGACUUUAUCAACUGAUAAAAUACAAACCUUUCUACUUCAAUGUUAUGGUCUAUGCUCGUCUGCCCAUUCCUGACAUUACUAGGGACUCUUCAAACUGUUCAUCAUCAGGAUCAUUAGGUCAGAAUUGUUCACUGUUGUGUUCAGUUGUGAAUGUGAGCGCUGUGACUCUCUCCUGGUACAAAGGAAACAGUUUAUUGUCCAGCAUCAGUGUGUCUGAUCUCAGCAUCAGUCUGUCUCUACCUCUGGAGGUGGAUUAUCAGGAGAACAACACCUACAGCUGUGUGAUCAACAAUCCCAUCACAAACCAGACCACACAUCUGGACAUCAGUGAACUCUGCCACACAUGUGCAGACUCUGUUCACUGUUGCGGCUUCACUGAAGUUGUGAUUCGAUUGGUCAGCUCUGCUGUGGUGGGCUUGGCUAUUAUUGCCAUAGUGGUGUAUGACUUAAAAUCCAGAAGAGCUAAGAUCCUGAAUGAUGGUCAUGAAAAUCCUGGAAAUAGAGAAUUUAACAGUCACUGGACAGGAAAUGAAUACAAUCUUGAUGAAAUUUGAAUAUUGAUAUAAUUCAGCUGUAAAAUAUUUCAUUAAAUAAGUAAGAACAUUUCUCUUGAUUACCACUUCAGUUCUGUUGGAACUAAACUCUGCAGGACAUCGGCACUCCAGGACCGAAUUUGCCUACCUCUGGCUAUUCCAUGGCAGCUCCUUAUA